AAGCAUUUAGCAACAGUGUUAUCUCCGUUAUAACAUAACCUAACCUCUAUGUUCAUGAAAUUUGUUUAAUCAUGAUUUCCUGCACAAAUAAACUUCUUUAUGUAAGAAGUUUGCUUCAAAUACGAAAAUUGCAUACAAAGAGUGCGAAGACUGCUGUUGUCAUGCUUAACAUGGGCGGACCGCAUUCAUUGGACGAAGUGCCUAGUUUUCUGCAUAAAAUCAUGACUGAUCGCGAUAUGAUACAAUUUCCGAUCAUGCAAGACCGUUUAGGGCCAUGGAUUGCAAAAAGACGAACCCCAGAGGUUCAGAAAAAGUAUGCGGAGAUUGGCGGUGGUUCACCUAUUUAUAAGUGGACUCAAAAACAGGGCGAACUGCUUUGCAAAAAAUUAGAUACGUUAUCACCUUCGACUGCUCCUCAUCAAUAUUAUAUAGCAUUUCGGUACACAACUCCGUCAACUGAAGAUGCAUUUUCAUCACUAGAGAAAGACGGAGUGGAACGUGUCAUUGUUUUUUCACAAUAUCCUCAGUACAGCUGUGCGACAUCGGGUUCCAGCUUCAACGAGAUUUUUAAACUUUUUAAGAAAAGAGACUUUCCAAAAUCUUUAAAAUUUAGUGUGAUCGACCGGUGGUCUGCACAGCCUUUGUUAGCAAAAACAUUUGCAGACUUAAUCAUUAAAGAAUUACAAAAAUUGCCCGAAGAUAAACGAAAAGAAGCAUUAAUUUUAUUCAGCGCCCAUUCUUUACCACUAGCCGCUGUUAAUAGAGGCGAUUCUUAUCCUUCGGAAGUUGGCACAACGGUUCAACUCGUUAUGCAAGAAUUAAAUUACUGUAAUCCUUAUCAAUUGGUUUGGCAAUCUAAAGUAGGUCCGCUACCAUGGUUGGGUCCAUUCACAGAUGAGGCGUUAAAGGGAUACGUUGCGCAAGGGAAAAAAACCUUUCUGUUAGUACCAAUUGCCUUUGUGAACGAGCACAUAGAAACUUUGCACGAAUUGGACAUUGAAUAUUGUAAGGACCUGGCCAAAGAGAUCAAUAACCCUACGAUUUUAAGAGUGCCCGCUCCAAAUGAUCAUCCUAUGUUCAUCGAAGCUCUUGCUAAUGUAGUGAAAUCACAUUUAGAUAGUAACCGCAGUGUGAGUGAAAAAUUUUUAAACAGGUGUCCUCAUUGUGUUAAUAUCAAUUGUUUGCAUAGCAAGCAGUGGUAUUCAAAAGUAUGUAACAUUUAAAUGUAAUCAAUCACUUAUGGCCGUAUGCACUGACAAAUUUAAGCGAGGCUUAGCGUAAGCGUAGCUUAUAAUCCCUGGCAACGAUUAUUGCUACAAUGGUUGUCAUGGAUUUUUAAAUUUGUCAGUGCAUACAGCCAUUAGGGUUUAGGGAGUAAUAAUUAAAUACAGGAAUGGCAAUUAUACUAGGUGUUUAUGGAUAUUUUUUACAUGACUGUAGGUAUACAAUAUCAAUUCUGAAUCUGGCACAGAAUGAAGCAACAAGUAGUAAAUGUUAAAUCUU